AUGCCUACUCUUCCAGCGGCGGAUGAGCCGGGCGAGAGCUCGGCCACCACGGGAGCAUAUCCCUUCGGCGCGGAUUCUGACUGGGCUCCUCCCUCACUACGGAAACAUGCGAUCUUGAUGGGCGCCAUGCGCCGGCGGGCCACUGUCUCUGGGCCUCGACCGCACAGAGAUAGUUGGGAUGAGGCGCGCCGAGAUGGAACCCUGACACCUCCUCCAGAACGAAGUUCGGUAUCCAGGGCCUCCUCGGCCGUGAACUUGGCGCUGAUCGAAGAGCUGCUCGAGGACACGAUGAGUGAGACGGACACCUACGACAUUCACGAAUCGAGGGAUGGGUUCUUUGAUGCCUUCUUCCUGCAGCCGCCCAAAAUUGACUACGCCGAGCUCAUGGAGGGCGUCGAGUCGACUCUCCCCGAGAACAUGCGCCCUCAGAACGUCUUCUCGGUUUAUCGAUAUCUACGCCGGCAAUGGACUGGGAUUCAAGAUGCAUUUACAGAUGCGUUCGAGACGCGGGCUGGUCUUCUUACUUGCAAAUCUUUCAUUGCUUUCUACAUUGCGUAUUUUCUCUGCCUUUCACCUCCCAUCCGGUUUUGGCUGGGUCGAUAUAGCUACAUGAUGGUUGUUUCUACCAUUAUCAACCAUCCCGGCCGCACGAUCGGAUCGCAGAUAGACGGUGCCGUUUUGACGAUUCUUGGCACGGCGGCGGGCUUGGGAUGGGGUGCGGUUGGUUUACAGCUCUCUACUUUUACGCCUUGGGUGUACGGCGUCAUGUUGGCAGUGUUCCUUGCUAUUUUUAUGGCGUUCAUCGCCUAUCUUCGAUCAUAUUUUAUCCGGCUGUACCAAUUGGUACUCUGCGCUGGGAUGGCAAUUUGCUAUACUUGCCUUGCCGACGUUGAUGGAGGGAAAGUCAAGUGGGCGAAGAUCUAUGAGUAUGCUAUCCCGUGGGGUCUGGGCCAGGCUAUUGCCUUUGUUGUUUGUCUUUGCAUAUCGCCGGAUGCUGGCGCUUUGCCAAUGGCUGAAGUGUUUCAUAAAGCAUUUCUAGCCAUGGAUGAAGGGUUCAUCGUUCCCCGUUCUAGAGACUACGGGAUGCGCCAUCGCCUGUCUCAAGCCUUUUUCGAGCUCAGUACUGCCUAUCGUGACAUGAAGCUCGACAUCACUGUUGCGAGGUUCAGUAUGGAUAACCUCGCAGAGCUGCGAAAUCUUAUGCAAGGUGUGAUUAAAGGCAUCCUCUAUAUGAAGAUCGACUCGGAUCUUUUCCUCGACAUGCUAUGCGGUCGGCCAUUAACCAGCAGGAGCUCCAUGCUUAGCGAGAGAAAUUUUGGUACUAGCCCCGUGCAAGAAGGCCGCCCUCCCAAUAGCCGGCGAGUCUCUUCCGUCUUCUCGAAUACGAGUACGAGUGCUCUCCAGUCCGGAAUUACAGCACUCCGGGAGCCGACGCAAGCACUUCUAGACGGAAUGCGCGAGGGUUUACGGACAUGCGAUGCUGUCUUCGUGGACAUAGCGGGAUACCGCGAAUACCUAGGCCCACCGAAGGAUGUUUCCUCGGACCUCAAGCAUGCCGAGGAGGUUCUGCAUGAGGCGAUGAGGGCUUACGAUGGUGUCGAGUCUGCUCUUGCCGAUUUGCAAGAGUUGCGCGAUUAUAAUCCCGAAAUCGUGAAGAUGCUCAGCCUUGCGAGGUCGGUUCGGAUGGCUGCCAACCCAGUUGUUAGUCUUAUGAGGAAAUUGGAGCAUAUGCAGGAAGAGUCGAAUGAUGUCAAAUUCCACCCCCCUGCGUAUGCGUUUUGGAAGUCUUUGACGAGGACGAACGCGCAGGUGCGGCAUGACCGUGGAGCCGUCACCCCCAGCUCUUAUAACCAAACUUUCGUGCAGACCUUGGACCUCAUCGAGAAGAUUCAGGGACAAGAGCACCUCCCAGUGAUACAAGAAGAGCUCGAGGAAGGGGAGAGCAUUGCGGAGAAGGCGGUUGAACCCUCGCAGAAUCCACAGACUGUACAUAUGGUCGCCAAAUACAUAUACUACGAAGAAUCCGAACCAGCCACCGCCACCGACCUCCGCGAAUCCGAAAUCCUCGAAUCCCACCUCCGCGAAGGCUUCAUCCGCAUCCGCCAACUCCUCUUCCUCACGCGCCACGAACUCCGUCUCCGCGGCCCCUUCGACGGCCUCCCCUUCGCGGCCCUCAUCAACGCCUGCGAGGGCUACUUCAACGACCUCAGCAUCGUGCGCCAGGCGGCGCUGUUCUACGCGGGGGAGUUCGUAAGGGGAGGCGAGGAGGCCAAGAUGGUGCUCGAGUUUAGGAGGGAUGCCGUUGCUAGUAUUUUGACGAAUUUGUAUGUUUUGGCGGGGGCGUUGCAUGCUGGGAGUAAAGUUCCUCGAUAUCUUCCGAGCGCAGCCGUUGCGCGGAAGAGACUCAUCGACGCCAUGUCAAAGUUGGAUUCUGAACACGCGUAUCCUCUCGGGCCCGACGAAAUGUCGAGGGAGAAGCUGGCGCUGAUACAUCGGUAUACGUAUAACGAGAGCAUGACGCGGUGUGUUGCGUAUUUGGAAUCUAUCGAGAAGUACUCCAAGUUGAUUCUUGGUGAAAGGGGAUUCGACGAUGAAUUUAGAGAUGAAUCUGAUAACGAGUCAGACAACGAAUGA